GCAACGCUGUGUUUCUGGCAUGUAUUUAUCUGCGGCCGACAUGAAUGGUCUAAUUCAAGCGGGCGAACAGUGAGAUCGGUCGGAAAAUCGCGGUUUAUCUCGGCCAUCGGCAGUGUUCGAGGCUGGACGAGUGUCCGGAAGGGUGCAGCGAGAAUGGCAGGAGGCGCAGACGGGCGCAGUUUUCAAUGAGAGCGUGAACAAGAGCCAAGUGUCAUGAGUCUCCAGAAGGGCAAACACCCUAGUGCAGGACAGAUUCAGCAGCCCCAGCAGCGGCCGCCGUACCCUUCGUCUGCCUACGCGGCGCCCCCGCCGACUGGCUACCCCCAGUAUAUUCUUACCGGCCGGACGCCGCAGGAUCCAUCCAGAGUCGGAGCAGACACGGCGUACGGAGGUCCAGGCGGCCACCAGGUGUACGCAGCUGCCGGGCAGAAUGUGCAGUCCAACUCGGCCAACAUGCGGGCCCAGAUGCAGCAGCCGAACCCGUCGUCGACCCCGCCAAGUCAACAGCAGAGCCAGCAAAUGGGCGAUCUGAGCAAAGGCCCGCACGGCAUGCAGCAACAGUCGUUGGCAGGGAACAGUUUCCAGUACAUUCAGCAGCACAGAGGAGGUCAGCAGUCUCAGUACAUGGCGCGCAACCCAAUUAACCAAAGGAUGCAACAACCAAACCAUAGGCCCGUGGCUCCUAACACUAUGUCACAAACUCAGCUUGGAUAUUCCCCUCAGAUGCAUCAAACAAUGUACGCGAUGAAUCCCGGCAUGGCCGCAAACCAGGCCACAAUUAUUCCUAAUAUUUAUCAGUAUGCACCACGAGGGGCGGCUCCCUAUUACCCCGGCCAGCCAGCGGUCUAUCCGCAAUUUUUUGCCGUGCAGUACCCAGGAGGCCAACAGAGUACAGCCAUGAUUUACAAUGGACAAGGAGUGCCGAUGAUGCGAAAUGCCUUGAGUCAGCCCCAAGCCUCCCAGCACAUGAUGGCCGCCCCUGCGGCGCCAGCGCCGACACCACCCCAUCAGCAACAGCAGCAACAACAACAACAACAGCAGCAGCAGCAGCAACAACAACAGCAACAACAACAAAUGGCAACUGCCCAGAUGCCAAGUGUCCCCAUGCAGCAGCCGCCCCCGCCGCAGAGCUCAAGCUCUGGCAGGAGGAAGAAUGCGAUCAAAAUUAUCGACCCUAACUCUGGAAAAGACGUGCUCGAGGAAAUGCUCGAGAGUAGUCACAGCAACACGGCCACGCCGCCCAGGUCGGGCGACUCGAGUGCCAGGCAAACUCCUCAACCGAGUCAAGUGGAACACAAUGUUGCUGCUGAGUUUGCUGCCAAAGUGGCAAUCGCUGCUGGUGAAAUUCGUAGGCAGGAAGACUCUGCGGCAGCAGUGGUACCUUCCGCGCCCCAAAUAUCCGAGCCGCCUCCCCGAGUGCCGAGCGUUGGUCCCACGAACGGACCCGUUCCCCCUGAAGACUCGAAACCGAAAUCGAAGACUAAGGUGUGGGUAAAAGAGACGCCGAAAGAGAGUCCCACACCCGCAAUUGAGACUGCUGAGGUGGAGGUUCCAAAGGAGGAACCGGCCGCACCUGCUCCCGCGUGGGGCUCUAAACCUCAGAGACUUCCAAAGCAGCAGCAGCAACCAGUGCAGGAGCCGCCCCCUGCUGUGGUGGAGCAGCAGCCAGAGACGCCUGCUGGUCAGACGGAAGCAGCUGAAGGGCGAAAUCAGUGGCGCCAACCUGCUCGAAAGCCUUCACAGAAAGAAGCAAGCAGCAAAGAGGCACCGCCGGCGCAGACCUCGACGCAGCAGCCCGAGACUCCAGUGCAGCCUCCGCUGCCAAAGGAGCCUCCACCUGUGGAGGAACCGCCGCCGCCACCGCCUCCAGAGCCCGUGGUCGCCCCUAAAGCACCCUCUCCAUCGCCGCCAAAAGAAGUCAGAGAGCCCUCGCCGCCGCAGUUGUCAAGUAACGCAAAGACUGCACCAGCCGCCCCCACCAAUAUCGACCUGCCUCCUGCACUACAGGAGGAGAUUAAAAUGGUGACCAUUGAAGAUAAAUUGGUGGCAGCUAAAAAUGAAGAGAACUCCAGAAGCUCCGUCGUAGCAGACGCCGUCGUUGCCCCUUCUGCAGGUUCUGGCUCAAAUACUCCUACUGUGAUUGAGCAGCAGCUUCCCGAUUUGACGACUAAAAUAGUUUAUAGUGAAGAUCAAUGGAGUCCUUUUAAUAAAGAAGGAAAGAAAAGGUAUGAUAGAGACUUCCUGAUGCAACUACAGUUCGACACGCAGUCCCUCAAAAGGCCAGAAGACCUGCCCAAGCUUGACGUUGUUGUGGACAAGAAUCGACCUGUUUCUUCGCGACCUGUGGGUAAUUUGAACAGAACUGAUGCUGGCUCACUGUUGAUGCCAAAUUUCAUGAAUCAAACUCCUAGAGGGUCAUUACUCCGUAAGAGUAGUCAACAGGGCAAACCCAAGCCCACCAAAGUGAUUCUAAAUCUAUCGCUCAAUGAAGAUGUCAAACUGAAUGAAACCGAAAAUGCAUGGAAGCCAACAGUGCUUGGCCAGAAGCCGCAGGGCGACAAUGGCGAAGCUGAUAAUGAAGAGCUUUUCAAGAAGUUCCGCAGCAUCCUCAACAAGCUCACCCCGCAAAAGUUUGACCUGCUGGUCGAGCAGGUUAAGAAAAUGGAAAUUAACACGAGGGAGAGGUUGAAGGGCGUUAUUGAUCUAGUGUUUGACAAGGCUGUUGACGAGCCUGGUUUUUGCGAGACGUAUGCCAAGUUGUGCCAAACUCUGUCCCGACUGAGCGUGCAGACGGGCAAGAGCGACCCCAAAGGAAAGGGCGAGGAGGUUGCCAACUUCAAGAAGGAGUUGCUGCAGAGGUGUCAAGAGGAGUUCCAGAAGGAGAAGCAGCGCAAUUUCAAGUUCGCCGAGCAGAGGGAAGACUUGCUCAAGAACAUAGCCAAUGCUGAGGCUGACAAGAGAAAAGAACUUGAAAUGCAGCUUGAGGAAGAGGACAGGCGGAUGAGGAAAAAAUAUGUUGGUGUCAAUAGAUUCAUUGGCGAGCUUUACAAGAUUCAUAUGCUGACUGGCGCCAUUAUGAUGCAGUGCAUUUGCAAACUGCUAGAGAGCCACAACGAAGAAUCUUUAGAGUGCCUUUGCAAACUCCUCACAACCAUUGGCCAAGACCUGGAAACAAGGAUUGAAAAGAAUGCAAAGGCUUUGGACUUGGAAGCUCAAAUCAAGGUGAUGAAGUCGAUCGUCAAGGGCAGGCAGACGUCUUCGCGCAUCAGAUUCAUGCUGCAAGAUGUGAUUGACUUGCGUGACGACAACUGGAAGCCGAGACGGUCUGACCAGGCGCCCAAGACCAUGGAUGCCAUUGCCAAGGAGGCUGAGCAAGAGCAGAUGGCCAUCAACCUCAAUACGCAAACGCCAAUGCGAGGAGGAAAGGAUGACCGCGAUCGAGACAGAUCUGGCAAGAGGGGUCGUGGCGGCAUGUCUGACGACGGCUGGCAAGUGAGCGGGGGUGGUCGAAUGACAUCCUCUUUGACGAGGGCACCUAUUGACUCAAACAAGUUGAAGCAGAUCAAGCCGCAAGAGGACCACGCUCUUGGUUCUCUCGGUUCGCGGGCGCAGUUCACUAACUGGGGCAAGGGCAGCAGCAGCUCCAGCUCCAAGAAGCCAGAACCAGCAGUGCCUCAGACAGCCAACAAGUACACCCUGCUCUCACAGCAAGACUUAGACAAACCGCCUUUGAUGAAUGUGGGAGGUUCUCACGGGCAAGACUCUAAGGUCAGAAAAUCACGGGAUAUUUUGAUUGGCAAAAAUAGUUCCUCAGAAGGUUCAAUGUCGAACCGACACAGCCGUUCCAAUUCAAGGGAAGGCUCGCUGCAGCGCCAGGCCGAGCUUUCCAGCGCUUCUCAGGUCAAGAGCAAACCCCCAGUUAAGGAAGAACCUCUGAUCAUGAGCAUGGAAGAGGUUGAGAAGAAGGCAAAGCUCUUGCUUGAUGAGUACUUGAAUAGUGAAAAUAAAGAGGAGCUCAUCCUCUGCAUAACGGAGGAGGUGAACAGCACACAGUACAAGCUGAUGCUGGACCAGUGGAUAAUUUUAGUGCUCGAGUGGUCGGCAAUCAAGCGGAAGAAAAUGUUAGACGCUGUAUUGCAUCUCUACAAAUCGGAUGUCUUCACAACCACUGUCCUCAAAGAGAGUCUUGAUGAAGCCCUUGGUCUUGUCCCCGACUUUAUCAUAGACAUACCUAAAAUUUAUACCUACUUAGCUGAAGUUUUUGUUCCACUCAUUGCUUGUGAAGCUGUGACCUUCAAGAUACUCUGCGAGUCGUUAGCAUCUUGUGAUAAAGACGGCGCCAGCAAAAUGUUGGUCGAGUGCCUGCACCUUCUUCAAAAGGACGUGGGACCGGCUUGGAUUCAACUACGGUGGCGGAAUAGCAAAAUCAACUUGGCAAACCUUAUUUCUACGGAUGUUGACGUAUUCCUGGCAAAAAAUCAACUGACCUACUUAUCAGACACCAGCAAGGAGUGCAGUGUGCCCCCUGCGCCUGCCAAGGAGGUCGAGAUUAUGACUGCCCAAGAAAUGCAUGACCGCCUUGUGAAUCUGAUGGGCUCUAUGGGCUUUGAUGAAGUGACCAAAUACAUAGAUGUUAAUGUGGGAAAUGCAAUUAAGACUCCUAAGUAUAUCCGUGCCUUGAUGACGACAAUUUGUGAGGUUUCAGUCCCAAACAAGCAAGGUGAUGUGCACAAGUUGAACGAGGACACUUUUAACAAGUUCAACAAGCUUAUCUGCCUGUACGUGGACAACUCGCCUAAACUUGAGUCUCAGGCACUGUUUGCCAUUCAGGCAUUUGUUACAAGACUGCAGCAUCCGCCAAGCCUGCUUCGGUCGAUCCUGACGCACCUAUUGGAGGAGUCGGUUCUCUCGAAGGAUGCGAUCCGCGCGUGGAUCAAGAAUGACGAUCCGGCCGAGCAGGAGGGGCGUGGCGUCGCCCUCAAGUCGAUACACCAGUUCAUCACGUGGCUCGAGGAACCCGAGGACUCUGGUGACGAAGGCUCUUGAGCCUCUUCUUUGUGUUAACACAUCGAUAGUCAAGAAGCGAGGGGCUCUCCUUCCCUUUUUUUACCUCAUCCUUUACCUAACUUCUAACCCUGACCCACAUAUUGUUAUUAUAUCUCAAGUGCCUCCCUCGAAAGAGGCACCCUUUUUAUUUUUAAUUUUGAAAACUGUUGCGGAUUCCCGGGUCGAUUUUCUCUCUCUGGAAAGCCGGCCAAAUAUUUAUGACAAUUUAUGCUCCUUGAUCCUCCUUUUCCACCUGCCCCGCCCGCGAACACCCCUCCAUAGUGUUUCUCACCGAGAAAGCAGAGCUGAGUCAUGAGGCAGACGCAUCCCUCGAGAUAGUGUGUCUAAUUAAUAUUGCCACUGUGAUAUUUUCCACUGUCGGAUUUUCGGCCCCAAGUGUCUGAUUGGUGAAUAAUUGAGCAGGGGACUGGACAACAUAGUUUUUUUUCUCCGUCUCGUUCUUAAGUUGGUUAAAACUAGGACUCGAGUGUUGGAUAUUUGUAAGACGUCCGGUCUUUCUCUCGGCGGACGAGCUGCUACGCUGUUUUUGUAAGAUCUUGAUUUUUAUAAAACCGAUGUAGAGCAAAAGGCUCGCGAGAUUUUGUAUCUUGGAACAGCUUCCCCAUGUCGGGGCUGAUGACGCAGCCCGACCGACCGGUCACCCCCCUUGAUUCAUAUCUCCUCCUCCACCACCAAACCCACGAGAUCAUUUGUUUAAAUAUGAUUAUGUCGUAACGAGUAUGAUUAUUAUAAUUACUUUAUUUAACAAACUGAUGGAGAAUGAAAAUGUGUAAAGGUAAUUAAACAAAAAAACAUUGCCUUCCAUCAUCAAGAUGGAGGGAACCAGUGAAAUAAAUUAUGAACACAAACGCUACUUUUGCUUUCAAAAUGACGUUGAUCGUAUAUGCAAAUAUUCAUCUGAAAGCUCAAAAAUAAAAACAAAAAACCAAGAAAAAAAUAUACUAUAAAACAA